AUGAAAAAAAAGGUUGAGUUAAUUAUCUUGCUUGACAAAACAGGAUAUAAGAGCAAUGACACAAUGAUCGCAUAUCUGAAUAAAUAUUUGGCAAAUACUGAAUUCAAAAAUCUCUUCAUUCAAAAAUUAAUAUCUUCAAAGUUUGAUAGAGAUAUAGCUUGCUUUAGAGGUGAUUUAUUUAAUCAAGGAUACUUUAGUUUUGAUGAUCUUAAAGGAAUUGUUAAAGAAUUAAAAACAAAAAAUCCAUUAUCAGCACUUUGCUUGUUAAUAUACUGCAGAAAACAAAUAAAGGAAUUAGACAAUGAAUACUAUACUCAGAAUGGUGAAGAAUUAUUCGCUACAACUAAAGCAAUUGUUUAUGAUUUUCAAUGGAUUGAAAACAGUUAUCCAGAUUUAGAAUUUUCGACACUAACAGAGCAACAGUUAGAUUCCGUCGGCUUAUUACUUGGAGAGGAGAUUUAUUUAGAUAUUUAUUUUGAUAAUGUUGAUCAUUUAACAACAGAUAAGCAAUUAUACCUUAAACAUCCAUCUGUUACAUUGAAAUCAUUUCCAUUUUCCCAAUUACAUGGGCAAUUUACAAUGGAUCCGUAA